AUUAACUACUUCGCGCUCUUUCACCACCUGCUUCCGAUUACCACCACUGCGCCCCAUCCCGCUUUACACCGCCGCCCCUUGCCGCUUCUGCCGGACGCCGUUUCAUCGCCUGCCGCCGGAAGCUGAACCCUCCACUGUCACAGUCUCGACCUCCCGACGAACUCAUUGCCGCCCUCUCUCACACUCUAUUACCUCCAAGAGCAACCCGAGUUGUUAUUUUUUCCUUUCUCAGAAACAGAAAUAGUGGUUCACCCCCUAACCCGUUUUCCUAGGUUUUGAUUUUUCAGUACUUUCUCUGUUUGUCUCCUACAAUUCUCCAAUGGCCUACGAAGGAGGCAACCUCAAGUCUACCUCCAUUAAUGGGGUGAAAUUGUACACCGUUGCUUCCGAACAACGGUCUGUUGCUAGUUGGCUCAAUCCUAAAAAGCUGCGUGCUCUUCGCAAAGACAAAGAUUAUACAUCAAGGGUGGACUUAGUCCAGGAUUUGAGGUUUGACAUCGCAACAAGUAAAAUAAAAGCAACCCCCGACGGAGAGUUUCUAAUAGCAUCAGGUAUCUAUCCACCACAAGUUAAAGUAUAUGAGUUGAGGGAAUUGUCGUUGAAGUUCAAAAGGCACUUUGAUUCUGAGAUAAUUGACUUCCAGAUACUGGAUGAUGACUACUCGAAGCUAGCAUUUAUGUGUGCUGAUCGUUCUAUUGUUCUUCAUGCUAAAUAUGGAAAACAUCACAGUUUACGGAUACCAAGGAUGGGGAGGAAUAUUGAAUUUGAUUACUGGUCUGCUGAUUUGCUUUGUGCUGCAUCCUCUCCAGAUUUGUACAGAAUUAGUUUGCAACAGGGACGGUUUCUUCCACCUCUUAAUACCGAAUCACCAGCAAUAAAUGUGGUUUCUCGAAGCAAACUUCAUGGGAUCAUUGCUUGUGGAGGAGUUGAUGGAGCUGUAGAAUGUUUCGACACCAGAACAAAGUUAUCUUCAAUCGGUAGAAUUGAUGCUGUUGCUCCUGCAGGAGAUAAGGAUCAGGAGGUCACUGCAUUAGCAUUUGAUGAUAUUGGUGGAUUCCAAAUGGCUGUUGGCAGUAGCUCAGGGAAGGUUUUGAUCUAUGAUUUACGUUCAUCAGAUCCUAUUCGAAUUAAAGACCACAUGUACGACAGUCCAAUUCUGGACAUUAAGUGGCAUAGCACUCUUAAUUCUGAAAAACCAAAAAUGAUUACCACUGACAAGCACGUUGUUAGAAUUUGGGACCCAGAUACCGGAGAAGGAAUGACCAGUAUCGAGCCCACACUUGGACCAAUAAAUGAUACAUGUGUAUUCAAAGACAGUGGAUUGAUGUUACUAGCUUUGAAUUCAAGUCAAAUACCUUCUUACUUUCUGCCUGCGCUGGGACCUGCACCAAAGUGGUGCUCUUAUUUGGAGAAUUUGACGGAGGAAUUGGAGGAGAAUGCACAGCCAACAAUCUAUGAUGAUUUCAAGUUCGUAACGAAAGAAGAACUUGGGAGGCUAAAUUUGACAAACCUGAUUGGAACAAAUCUGCUAAGAGCUUACCUUCAUGGCUUCUUUAUUGAUUAUCGCCUGUAUAAAAAGGCUAAAGCGCUGGUGGAUCCUUUUGCAUAUGAUGCUUACAUAGAACAAAGGAAAAAGGAGAAACUAGAUGAGGAGCGUGCGAACCGAAUUACGGUGAAAAGGAAAUUACCCAAAGUCAACAGGCGCCUUGCAAAUCAAAUCCUUGAAGAGGAAGAAGCUGAAACGGAAAAGAAGGAAGAAGAUGUCAAUAAGACCAAGAAGGCAUCAAAGAAGAAGAAAGCGCUCAGUAGCGAAAUCUUUCAAGAUGAACGUUUUACGAAUAUGUUUAAAAAUGAGAACUUUGAGAUCGAUGAGCUUUCACAAGAGUAUCUUGCGCUGCAUCCAAUGGCUUCUACAAAGCAGCCAUCUUUGAUGGAAGAGCAUUUUCAACCUGUCUUGGAGGACAGUGAUGAAAACUUGAGUAAUUCUGAUGCCUCAGUUGAAUUAGAUUCUGAAGAUGAACCCAGCAACGAUAAACAUAAGAGAGCACGAGUUCCGAAAUUGUAUGAGGUCAAGGAUGAACGGCAUGCCGAGGCGUUCUGGAACCGUGUAUCACUUGCUAAGGAGGACAGACUCACUAUGGAGGAGAAGAUUGCUGCUAUUGGAGACAACAAGCAAGAUUCUGGAAUUCUAAACGAAGUUAAAUCAGGACCAGGAGGGUCACGAGAGAUCUCCUUUAAGCCAAGAAGCUCAGCCAGGUAUAAGGAAGACGACGACGAUGAAGGCCCACGUAAGAAGAAUUGGAGGAGCAAUGAAUUUUCAGGUCCACAUGCCAAUAAAUCAGGUUCUCGAGGUCAAAUGAGACCUGGAAGAGGCCGAGGUGGAAACAGCAGAGGUGGAAACAGCAGAGGUGGAAAUAGCAGAGGUAGGGGUGGAAAUAGCAGAGGUAGAAGAGGCCGCCGGUGAAUAAGCACGUUUGUUCACACUGCUGUAUCCUACAAAGAAGAAUAUUUCAUAUAGUUGGAGCCUGAGCUGAGUGUAGCUUUGUGCUUUGCCUUUGCUACUUAAAAUGAACGAGUAGGGAUGCUUGAUGAUAACCGUGAAGUGCAAACGUCGCGAGGGCAGGGCGUAAAUUUCAUCCAACCCCAUGAGAAGAUUUUAGAAAAAUGUAACAAUUGAUAGGGUAGUUUAAAUUAUUAUAACAUGUCUUUUGCUUUAAAGAAGGGUUGUCCAAUGUUAUGUUAUUUGUUAUUAUUAGCGAGAGAGACACAAGAUGCGUAAUAGGAGAACCUCUUUGAAAGAAUAUGAUCAUAUGCAGAGAAGAAAGAGUAUAUGAAAAAAAUUUUGUUUAAAGAUUAUGCGAGUUUUGCUUGAGUAUCAAUUAGUCAUUGUAUUAUCAUCAUGUUCUAUGUGAUAUUGGUAAGGAGUGCUGUUGGUAUUUAGGUCGUGUUGUGUAAUGGUUAUAACUUAUAAAUAGGACUUGGGAGAUGGAGCCCUCUCAACUA